AUGGCCGACUAUACUGAAUAUGCUGGACCCAGUGCCGACUGGAUUGCUCUUGAGCCGAGCUUGCCCAAGCUCCCUGACGUUUCGCUGGAGGAGCUCAAGCAGCUGCUCAACAAAAGUCGCGAAGAUAUUGCUGCUCAGGCAAUGAGCAGUGGUCUCAGUGAAAAGGUCCAGCUCAAAGAUUAUACUAUAAUCGCUCGCGAUGGCUUCAAACUCGAGGCACGCACCUAUCGCCCCGCAGGCGUGGAUCCCUCGGAGCGCCUCCCCGUCUACAUCCAUUUUCACGGCGGUGGCUUCCUAUUUGGAACCCUCCCGUCCGAAGAUGGUAUCUGCUCUCGCAUUGUUACCUCACGGGUGGAGAAGGGCGAGCCCGUCGUCGUGUUUAAUGUGAACUAUCGUCACACUCCCGAAUAUCGCUACCCAACCGCCUGGGACGAUGUCGAAGACGCCUUCGUCUGGGCUCACGAGAACAUCGCUGAGAUUGGCGGCCUUAGCGAUCAAGUCGUCGUGGGUGGCAUUUCUGCUGGCGCCCAAUUGACCGCCUCGCUAGCACUUGCUCAGCUUCGCGGCGAUAACAAGAAGGUGGCAGCUUGUCCCAAAAUCAGAGGACAAGUUUUGAUGAUCCCUUGCCUCGUUCAGAGUGAAUACUAUGGCUCUAGAUUGGACCUGCUCAAGAGUCCUGAAUUGUCUAGCUACAAGCAAUGUGCUCAGGCGCCCAUCCUGCCCGUUGAUCGCAUCAAUAUGUUUAUGAGUCUUCUUGGCGUUGCUGGCGCUGGGGGUGCGGAGAAGGACCUCCGUAUGAAUCCCGGAAAUGCGACCGCGGAAGAGGUCAAGGCGCUUCCACCUACAACCUUUGGCAUUGCGGGUAAUGAUCCACUUCGUGAUGAGGGUCUUUUCUACGCGAAGCUUCUUAAUGAUAACGGUAUCCCUACUGAUGUCCAUGUCUUCCGUGGCGUGCCGCAUGGGUUCAGAAGAUUUGGCGACAAGCUUCCAUUGUCGAGUAAAUACUGGGACCAGGUCAUGAGCGACGGCGUCUCCUGGGCUUUGUCAAGCCCUCAAGCUGGAGCAUUUGAAAUCAAGUCUGAUUAA